GAAGUGGGACCGGCUGCAUUGUUCUGUUCACUUGAUGCAUUUGCUUGUUUCAACUUCUAGAGAAGAAGCAGUGGUAUCAUCAUUACCCACUACAAUAAUCCCCUUAGAGGAACCAUCCUGAAAUCCUGGAGGAGAAGGUACUCAAGAACACUUUUAUUAAUCUCUCAUAUGUGUGAAUUGAGGGAAGUGCAGAGACAGAAAACACUGAAUUGUGGCUGUCUGAGACGGUGGCUAUUGGAGUGCUCUUCUCGAGGUGGCACCCUCUUUCUCCUCCUAAUGCUGGAUAAUUAACAACAUGGGAGCGUGGAGAACAUGGCCAAUUGUGUUUUUGAUUUUUCUUUUUAAAGAUGCAUUAAAUAAGGACAUUAAUAGGUCUGUCCAGCUUGGAAGCGCUGUUACUGCCUGGGAGGGUUCCUGUGCUGUUUUGUCAUGUAAAAUUCUCACUUAUCGCACCAUUGCCAAUUUCACGUGGUAUUAUAAUCCAGAAUAUGACGACGCAGUAAAGACUUUUAAAGGAACAAUUGUUUAUCAAAGCACAAAGAAUGCAGAGCUGAACAGUCCCUUUGCAGACAGAGUACAAUAUGUAGGAACGGAUGAAAAGAACUGCACCAUCCUAAUAACAAACCUCACAAGACAGGACAGUGGAUCAUAUCAGCUGAGACUGAUGGGAAAAGAUUGGAAAUGGAUGUCGAAAUCUAUGUUGAACCUCACAGUAUCUGAUGCUGGCCCGGGACUUAAGUUACAUCAAGUUCCUGAAAUGCAAGAAAACCAGAAGGUGGCAUUAACUUGCUCCAUAGAUUAUGAUUGUCCUUUUUAUAACAUGACUCUGACUUGGCUUCAGAAUGUAAAUGGAAAAGAAGAGAUGAUCAUUAAGAAGGACAUAGGUGAGAAGAGAAGCACCACCACCAAGCUGACGUUUGUUCCAUCAUGGAAAGACAACAAUAAAAUGAUCACUUGUCUUCUUCAAAGGAUGAAUGGGGCAAAUGACAAUAGGACCAUCCAGCUCGAUGUGAAAUAUGCUCCUCAAAGUGUCCAAAUUAAGGCAGAGAGUCCUAUAAAAAUCGUAGAAGGAAACACGAGAACACUGGAAUGUUCGGUGGAAAGUAGCAAUCCGCCAAAUCCUACAAUCACAUGGUACAAAAAUAACCAAAGAUUGAAUUCAAAAGCAAAUAGAGAACAAUUUGAUGAAUCAGGACGUUAUUAUUGUGAAGCUAAAAAUGAAGUGAGUGCGAAAAAAUCCAAUACAGUGGAAAUCUCUGUGCUGCAUGCUCCGAAACAUAUAUUUAUUCAGAAACCAAAAGAAAACAUUAAAGAAGGAUCGAAGGUCUCUCUGAAUUGUUCUACGGUUGCUAACCCGCCGGUCUCCCGCUACAUCUGGUACAAGAAUGAACGGCUGUGUUUCAAUGGCACCGACAGCCGCUAUAACUUCCCCAGGAUAAGAGAGAAUGACUCUGGAUCUUAUGUGUGUGAAGCUUUUAAUGAUCAAGGUACGAGCAGAUCUUCACCCACGAAGCUGGAUGUAAAAUAUCCACCAAAGAAUGUGACAGUCGUGAUCAAACCAGAUUCUAAACAAUUCCGCGAAGGAACGUUGGUCACUUUUGAAUGCGUUGUAAAUAACAGCAAUCCAGAUGUAACAGACUUUGCAUGGCGCAAAAAUAAAAUUCCUCUUUUCCCAUUUUCUGGAAAGAAGGCCAUAAGGGUUGAAGAUGCUGGAAUGUACACUUGUGAAGCUACCAACGAAAUAGGGAAAUCUCCUUCCGAUGAGGUUUUUGUAGAGGUUCUUUAUCCACCAAAAAGUUCAUCAUGUACGAUUCCAAAUGGGACUAACAAAAGAGAACACAAAGAAGCUAUUCUGAAAUGUCCAUCCAUGCAAAGUAACCCCAAAAUUAGUAGCUAUGAAUGGUUCAAAAGCCGCAAACUGUACAAAACAACCAACUCAGAUUCUCUGUACUUUCCAAAUGUGCAAUGGACAGAUUCUGGAUAUUACUCAUGUAAGGCGAUAAACACUCUCGGAAGUAGCCCAGAAGCCGAAUGUGCUUAUCUUCGGGUAGAGUAUGCUCCAAAAAACGUGUCAAUAAGUGUGUCUCCUGGAAAUUUUGUAACGGAAAACAUAAACGUCCAGUUGACCUGCACUGCUAGCGCUAAUCCCAACAACAACCUCGAGUACACCUGGUACCACAAAGAUCAGGCUCUGCAGAAAUCGGAAAAGGGAUAUGUUCUACCCAACGUACAAAUGAGCCAUGCAGGGGAGUACUACUGUGUCGUACAGAACGGGAUCGGAUCCAACAAGUCACAAGUGGUCCACCUCCAUGUGUCAUACAGCACAAACACCAUCGCCAUGUACUCAGCCGCAGGCAUCGGGCCAUUGAUAGCCAUAAUAAUAAUUGUUGCUUUGAUCGUCCAUUUUGGGGUCUGGCAGAAGACGUGUAGGAAGACGGACAAUGACAGAAGUGAUUCAGCAUUUUUUGUAUUAAAAAAGAAACACAAUGAGGUAUCAGACCAACUUGAACAAGAUGCUCCAUCAGAAGACAGUCUUACUGAUCGGAUAAAUUAUGCCAGUCUUCAGUUUCCUAUGUCCUCUAAUGGAGGACAGAACCAGCCCAGGAGAAAUCCAAAUCAUCCAGAGCCGAACGACAUUUACAGCGUUGUGCAGAAGCCCAGGAGCGCGGCUGAGUAUGAAAACAUUGACUCUUCAAAGAUAACCCAAGACGAGUACCAAGAUGAGAUCCACUACUCCAUCAUCACCAACCUCAAUAAGAGCACCGCGCGGGAGCGUGACCCUGAUGUGGAAUACGCCAUGUUAAAACAUUAAUGAAGCGUUUUGUACAUUUGUAAAUCAACAAGCAGACAGGAUUCACUGUUUGUCAGUCUUCUAGCAUACAUUGAAGGGGUUGUCACACUUACUUUAAAAAUAAAAAAAAAUUUAUACAGCUCUGCUCCAGGCGACAGCGUGCUGACAGAUAUGUUAAACAUAAUGUUUUUAGGCUAGAUAAGAGGUGGGGGCGCUGUUGCAUUGGUGUCUAUGGAAAUGUCUACUGCAUGGCAAUGGUCAUACAUGGUACCGCAAGUCACAGAGAUAAAUUGUUACAUUAUUUGAAGGAGGCGGGUGAGUUCUACCAGAGAAGAAGUAAUAUAAUAGCAAUUUUUCAAGGGUUGGUAGCCACCCACAUGGACAGUUCUUCAUACAACUUAAAGAUUCAGUUACAGAUAGAAUAUGAGUUGCUUUAUCCAAUUUCAAGUAUGAACUCAGCACAAUAUUGAAGGCUUUGAUGCUGCUUUUUACCCCCUUGAUCUGUAUCUUCUGGUAGUCAAUGAUUUUGUCCUUUUUUUAAAAUCUGAGUGUCUAACUAUGUUGAGGAAACGAGAAAUAGUUCAAGGUCCUUGGCUCCAAACUCCCCAUCAUUGGAGCCUGGCAUUUUCUUUCUAAGCUUUAUGAUGUUUCUAAGAGAUCGGGAUCUGAUGUAAUAAGGUGUUCCUGAUCUUCAUUGGCUUGGGACUUACAGAAAUCUACUGACUGGGGAGAGUAAUACAUGGGAAUAGAGUAUAGACCUAUUAAAGGGGUAUUCCCAUCUGGGAUAAUGAUGGUAUAUCGCUAGGAUUUACUAUCAAUGUCAGAUAGGUGCAGAUCCCACAUCUGGAACCUGCUUCUAUCUCCAAGACGGGACCUUCGACGUGAACACAGAGCAGACACACAAGUCUGGUCACCCUUCAUCCGCCACCAUGGUAGUUUCCAAAGUAGCGUUCGGCUAUUUUUGGCAGUCCCAUAGCGGUAAAUGGAGAGGUGGCCACACUUUUAUGGCUGCUUUCUGUUUGCCACUAUGCUACUUCCGAAACUAGCCGGGCGAGCACAUUCUAAACUCCCACAGCGAUAAAUGAAGAGCGCACCAUGCAUGCUCAGCGUGCUGUCCUUCACUUUAAGGAAACUGUUUUCUAGAUAGGUGCGGGUCCCAGAGAUGAUAUCCACACCUAUCUGAGAUUGAUGGCAUUGCCUAGGGAUAUAUCAUCAAUGUCUCAGAUGGACCAACCCCCUAAAAGGUGAGAGUUGAGGUAUGGAACCUAGAGAGGAGCUGCAGAUAUUUGGAGGGUUGUCCAGCUGGUGUGGGGGAUGGCGAUGUUAGGAUGUACGUACUUUAUAAAGGAUGCGGGAUGACAGGGGCAAUUAAGUGAAAGUGGUUUUCUCCUUAAUAAAUACUUCCUACCAAUCCACAGGAGAAAAGUGUGUGAUCGCUGGAGGUUUAACCACUGGUUCCUCCACCAAUCACAAGAACAGAGGUCCUAUGUCCCCAUCUGAAUGGACUGCUGGUAAGCCAGGAAAAUUACUGCUCCAAUCAAAGUCUAGAUGUCGACAAGCGCUGUGCUCAGCUAUCCUGGUCAGAGACUGAAUGGAGUGGUAGUGUCCAUUCAAACAGAGGACAUGGGACCUCCAUUCUCAUGCUCCGUAGGGGUCCCAACAGCUGUUCCCCCAGUGUAGGUGUCCACUGAUGUGACAUUUAUGACAAGUCUGAAAUCUGAAAACCCCUUUAAACAAAUCAUGAUAAUUAAAAUGACUUCAUAUGAGGUCACCAUGACUGCUGGAGGGUUUCUUCGCACACGUCUACCUGCUGCUGGAAAGUCGUAUUAUCAGAAGAUACAUUUGCAUCGCUUUAUAUCUCAAUUUGCUUUGUUUCUCUGUAUACAAUAAAUAAUAUUUUACU